AUGAUUGUCACAACAUUUCAAGCACAGAAAUUGUUAUUUUUAUAAACAAAUUAUUUUUCAAUGUUCUUCUCUUAAUAUUCAACCUAUUUUUUCCUAUUCACGAAAAUAAAAUCAUACAGUGGAAGGCGGAAGUGCGCAUCUUGGUUUUUAGCUGGCUGCCGGCUAAGCUGGUCGCCAUAUUGGUGGCGAUAAUUUGUUUUCGUUUGUGAAAUUCGUCGUUAGCGACGAAAGGGAGUAUAAAAUACUCCCUUUUUGUGUUCAAAGCUAUUGUCAGUGUACCUAUCGUUAGGCUAGUUGUAUUAAAUAUUGGGAAGUUUGAAUUUCUCUUUGUUUUGGAUUAUAAACAUGGCUUUUUAAAAUGUCGGCUCUGAACGUAAAAUUUUCGUCUCCUUGCGGAGUACCCCGCUUGUUGGUUUUUGUGGAUGUUGGAAGAAUCCAGAAUGGACAAGAAAUCUCUAAAUCGUUCUUUACAACAGUCGAGGCCCCCGGCCGUGGACUCUAAAAAAGGCACAGAAUCAACCUAUAAACCUUGGCCACGAAAUAAUAAGAAACGUGAAGGAUCAGGCAAUGUACCAAAAAAUGACCCUAUUCGGAAGAAUGUCCCAUCACAGAGGGGUAGAGGUCAAAUGGAUAAGCGCCCGCGGACCCGUGGUACCACCAAUUUCGCUGUGGGUGGAGCGCAGAACACCGGGAUAGAAGAGGAUGAAGAGCCUGAAAUAGGCUCAGUGUUUACGCCUGGCAGCAAAAAACAAAACUUGAACCAUUUGCUGAACUUCAUGUAUCCCUCCCGAGGAGGUAUGGACAGGAGAGGUCCUGUGCCACGUCGGCAAGACCAGCGGGUCUCUUACAGACACGAACAUGAUCUUUACCUCCGCGCCUACUGUCAAUUUGUGGUCAAGGAAGAUGGGGAUUACAAGGUGAACUUGAUGGACCCUGAUUUGCCACUCAAAUGGGAGCAAAUUGAGGAAAUUGUGGUGAGAAGCACAGGCAAGUCAGAAUGCCCAAUCUGCCUGGGUGCGCCGGUAGCGGGCCGCGUGGGGCUUUGUGGCCACGUGUACUGCUGGGCUUGUAUUCUACACUACUCUGCGGCUCACGAGAAACAACCGCCGCCGUGCCCCGUGUGUGCUACAUCCUUGAAUGUCGCUGAUAUGAAGCCCACUCGCAUGGUGCAGUGGGAGUCGCCACCUGAUGAGGUAACAAUGCGUCUAGUGCGCCGUCUACGCGGCUCCACCAUAGUGGAGGUGGCGCCGCCUCGCGGCACACUGAAGGACACCGAGCAGAGCCACAUCCUGCCCCUCGAAGACCUGCAAGGGGCACCUUUCGCUAAACUGUUCUUAGCUACUAAGCAACAAGUAAUGGAUAUCUUAGAGAGAGACAGGAAACAAAUUGAAACACAAAUAUUAGCUGAAAUUGACACCACAGAGAUUGUCUACAUGGAGCAAGCAUUACAAAUGCUUAAAUUGAAGGAAAACAAUAUCAAUAUCCAGUACGAAGAACCCACCAACAUCCAAGCUAACAUCAUAGAUGAAGCUCCCACGGUUUUUGAAAAACAAGAGGUGACAAAUAAUGCAAAACUUGACUGGUUUGAUGUGACAGAUGAAGGCGCUACUUGUCUAGAAGUAGUAGAAGAUAAAAUGACUGCAUUGGAUUUACAAUCGGACUUGAAUCCAAAUGCAAAAGAGUUCAAAUUAGAUGUUAACAUUGAUUUGAAUCCAUCUGAGGAGUUCCCACUCAUUGAUUGUGUACCCGACGAUGAAGAAGCAGUUGAAGAAUCUGUUUAUGUGGAUAUUGAUAAGCAAAAUCAAGCAAAAUACUUUUAUUUCUAUCAAGCUGAAGAUGGCCAGCAGGUUUUCCUGAACAGCCUGAAUGUACGCGUCUUGAACGCAUCGUGGGGCGCUCUGGCUUCAGCACCUAACACCAUUCGCGGCCGAGUCCUGCAUCGUGAGACGUUUUCUCUCACUGAACAGACAAGAAAGCACAUGCCAUUCACUGCUCACUUGCCGCUCCACUGUUCCUUUGACAUUGUGGAACUUGAUUUGAAUCCACCAUUUGUUACUGAUGCAGCACUUGGAAAUUUUGCAGCGGAAUUAGAACGCCGAGCUCGCAUUCGCGCAAAGCACGAUAGAGACGAGAGACGUCGCGAGCGAGCCUAUCGCCGGGCCAUGGAGGGUCCACCCAGACCUGACUUCUCCAACCAACUAUUGUUCCCGCCCGCUCCGCACACUUACGGCAGCCCACCACUCACUGAAGAAUCUAUCACGAGCUUUGAAUCCAUCACUCCAUCAACUAGCUCAACUUCAUCCUUGCAACAAGCCAGCCCUACAGCGAGUGUGACUUCCCCUUCCGGAUUGUCCUUUGCUAAGAUGGCAGGUGCAAGCGGCACUUGGCGUGUACGUAAAUCGGCACCGCCUCCGCCGCCGCCUCCGCCCGACGAGGAGGAAGGCUCGGCCCCGAGGGCUGCACUACUCAGCGACGCCAUAGAGGCCGCACUACUAGCCAGCAGCCCCACCACAGCGCCACACUCCGGCAAGAAAAAUAAGAAGUCCAAGCAGAAAGUUCUCUUUGCCACUGGGAUGCACCGUGCAGCAUAGAUUUUAUUCAUUCAUUUGCAGUUAGAUCUCUUACACACUACACACAUACUUAAAAAAUGAUAUACAUACAGUAAAAUUCACUAUCAAUAAUGCGUUACAUUGAGCGUACAAACAUAGAAAACCAUAGACUGGGCAAAUGGUACACUUGCAAAGAUUUGUACACGCGCUGUUUGUGCUUAACGUAUCGCAUCUUAAUUUCUCUUGUGUUCGUCUUCUAAAUGUAGGUGCAAUCAAAUUACUGUGUCGUAGUGUCGCACUAGCGUAUUACAAUAAUACUAUUGAAAACCUCGCCUGCGGCUCGACUUUUAAACUCACACUCGUGUUUUAUUAACCCCUAUUAUACAACCGUUUCUUAAACUACUAUAACGCCACAACUGGCAGUUCUAUAGAAAUAUGUAUGUUCAGAGAAAGAAUUAUGCUGUACAGACCUAGCAAAAUAAAUUACACAUUAGAAUUUAUCCCUUGAGUGCUUAUUGGUAGAUCAGUGUUGACAAAAAAGAACACAUUUUUUUGUGAGUAUAUUAAUGAUUAUUGUGAAUUUUGUAAAGUUAUAUAAUAUCCAAUAAACGGUACAUGGUUAUGUUAUGACUUUUCCCUAAAAAUAAAUGAAUGUCUUGAAAAAAGAGAAAUUUAUUUGUAAGAAAAUAUUUUAAAUAUUUUGCUUGUUGAAAGGUUAUAUUAUAUUAUAGUACAUAGCUAUUUUUCCCCCUCCUAAUAAUU